AUGUCUAACGAACAUUCUGUUGAUACGGCCGAUUCGAUUGUGAUGAGCAGUGAUUCUGUGAUUGGGGGGUUCACGGUCAUUGGUGACAAAUUGCGAUAUGAUCAAACCAAGCCUACUGAGAUGCUUCCCUUCUGGAUCACACAAGCUACUUACUUUCCCAGUGACCUUAGUUUCCGACAGAAGGUCGAUGACUUGAAGGAGUUGCAUCCCUUUAUGCAGUCUCGCCUAGCUGACAUGGGUUUCUCGGAGUUGUUCCCAGUACAAGCUUGUGUCAUCCCCUCAAUAUUGCGUUCGUACCGCCUUAAUAAGCGGCGCCCGUUGUGUCGUCCGAGUGAUAUCUGCAUAGCCGCUCCGACAGGUAGUGGAAAAACACUUGCAUAUUCCCUCUUGCAUGGGCGUGUGCAAGUCUUCCUUCGUGCAUUAGUAAUUCUUCCAGUUCGAGAUUUAGCAGCACAAGUAUUUCAAGUGUUACUCGACCUGGCCGAAGGUACCGAUCUUCGUAUCGUUCUAAUUAACGGUUCUAAAAGCUUCACAAAGGAACAGUUGGAUCUGGUUGACACAACAUCCUCUGUUGCCCACACCAAAGCAGAUAUUGUUGUUGCCACACCUGGUCGACUGGUAGACCAUAUAUACAACACGGUCGGUUUCAGUCUUGAAAAGUUGAGGAUUUUGGUCAUUGACGAAGCUGAUCGUGUAAUCUUGGAGGAGAAACAAGACUGGUAUAGAAUACUGGAAGAUGCUCUUUAUCAUCCUAAUGCAUUUGCGUUCGAUAUCGAUGGGGAAAUUGGCCAUCGGCGUCCGACAGGAAUGCAGCGAACACGGCCUAUCCUCGCCUCGGCUACUUUGACACAUGACCCAGAACCGCUGAAGCGGUUCAACUUGUAUUUUCCACAAUUGUUUGCUUCGAGCACUUCGGCUCAACCAAUAAGUUCAAACGGACCCAUUGUUUCUGACAUCGACCACACCAUUGAAACUGAUCUAGAGCCACCAGUGAAGAAGAAAAAGAAGCAGAAAAAGAAAAAUGCGCUUUCAGAGGGAAUGGCGCACAACGCUAGUCAUACAGACUGCAGCGAAAUGGUUCAGGACGCUGGUGGUGUGGGGGUGUUCAGUACUCCUCCUGGCUUGAAGGAGUAUGUGGUAUCUGUGCAACCGGAGCAUCGGGCCCUCUUUUUGGUUCACCUUAUUCGACACGAGAAUGUCAAACGCGUGUUGUGCUUCACCAAUUCCCGUGCAACAGCCGCGCGGCUGCACUUGCUGCUCAGUAAUUUCAAGGGAAUCAGAUCGUAUAGAAUCUCAGGUCAUAUGCCACCUGACAAAAGGCAGCGUGUGCUGAGUGCAUUCGCCCGCAAAGAACUGGACAUUCUUGUAUGUACGGACAGUAUGGCCCGCGGGAUGGAUAUCAAAGAGGUAAACUGUGUGGUGUCGUAUGAAAUGCCCCCGAAUGUGAAAAUUUACGUUCACCGGGUGGGACGCACUGCGAGAGCUGGUCAGCCUGGUUUGGCCUACACUCUACUUAGCAAAAAUCAGUUCUUUCAUUUCAAGAAAGACCUUCGUGCAGUCGGAAAACGAAAACUGAAGGAGGUCACCUUCCACACUAGCCACUUUGCAAAUUUACAGGAGGAAUACAAACAGGCUCUAUGUCGGCUUGAGGAAGAAGUCAAGACGUCUUCCAAACCAGCUACCGGUCAUUCCACAGAUAUCCUCCAGACCGUAAGGAGUGCACGGAAUAAACCGCAGAAUAAACGAAAAAUCCAUAAAUAUUCCAACAAACACCUAUAUUGUGACAAUACAACCGAUUUGUUAUACUUCCCUACUUCUUGUGGUCCGUUUAUUCACGACUGCUUGUUGUCUCAGUGUAUUCACUGGGUUUCUUCGUUGAUGUGGAUAUCCAGCGCUUUCCUCAUCAUCAUAAUUCAAACUUUAUCCAUUCACACUUUUGUUUCAGUCGCUAUGAUUUCGCAAACAGCGGUGGCUACUUUGCUGUGUGUCCUAACCAGCUUUCUCCAGGUCACAGGGGACACAGAACUCCAAUCAAGGGACCUAAACUGUGAUGUUUCUGGACAGGGGUUUCAUUUGAAUUUACACUGUGACUUACGUGGACCGGCUUCGAGCCAGUGGAGUACAUGUGUGCUCAAAAUGCGCUUGCCACGCGGUUUAUAUGUAGAUCCGUAUGAAUUGGGCAUACGACAACCGGCCCUAAACUUCUCUUUAUCGAAACCGAAGUCAUCCGGUUCUUCGGGCGGUCGAUUUGGACGAUGGCUGUCUUGGUUCACAGCAUCUGACCCUCAUGAGUCCGGUCACGGCUCCUUCGAUCAGUUUGAAGAAGCCGAAGUUCCAAUGAACCAAAGCGAGGUCAAUGUUGAAAGUCCUGAGUGGUUGGCUGAGCCCAUGACUAUCAACCUCUACCCACAGCAAUCGACCGCAAAAGAUAUGGACGGUCUGUCCCUGAAUAGCGUCGAUAUUCCUCUCCAUCUUCGUUAUAAGUUACCCAAUGAUGGAGAUGACUCUAGCACCUCACUGCAGUCAACAACUCUUCCAUAUCCCAUGCUGAAAUGUACCGAUGGAGAUGAAGUAAACAGCUGGGACAGCAUGCCGCCUUUCGAAGUAGCUGUUGCGACCCCGCCCACCAGCGACUUAUUAGUUGAAAGUCAUGAGAACUCAGGAAAACGCAAAUUCGUUCCUAAUUUAAAGAAGGCACUUAACAAGCAAGUUCUUACCGAUUCCAGGCCUUCGAAAUCAACACGCGGAGACCGAAAUCCAAGUGAUCAACCGACCCACCGUUCGGCGCGUUUUGGCCGCGGUGCUGGGCAACAGACACAACGGCGAGAUGAGAAACCACAGUUUGUUCAGAGCUAUUCAAUCUUCGAAACAGGCAUUGGUUGCGUUGUAAAGACGGACAAAAAUGCGGUCGAACUUAGAGAAUCUCGACCGUCCUCUGAUUCGGUCUGUCGAACCGAACAUCAGGAGGUGGACGAAACCGAAUUGAAAGAAGAUCCGUUGGAAAAUUAUCAGUCUUUUGUGACCGAUAUUAAGCAGGUUUUCAAAGACCCUCCUGUUCUUAUGCAUGAUUCCGCUGCUGGCACCCAAAUUCCUCCAGAUCCCCUGAAAGACCUGGAUCUGUCUGGCGGAAGGAACCAUCGUGUACCUUAUGACUUUUUCACCGAUUCUGGACCGGGUCGAUUAUUUAUUCUACACUUACCGGACAAAAUACUGCCCAGUGAUUUGGAGCAGCUGGAGGAAGGUUGUUUUGGAAAGAUUCAGGUUUUGGACAACCAACAAGUUCGCUUAGUUGUUGGCGAGGCUAGGUUUGACCUAAUAAGCCCUCAUGCACCCACGGCAAGCUCCGACGUAGUCCUUGUGGAUCAACGUGGGGAUGAUUGCAUCAGAUUGAAUUGUCUCGGUCACCUGGACGAAGCAAUGGUUGCCGUACCAAAUCUAGACGACUUUGUAGCUCUUGGACAAUGAGCCUGUUGAAGACAACCUGCCUUCUGUAUAUUUGUUCUUUUGCAAUACGAAACCCUGAACAUGCCCCUGGCAACCGAACAGCUUAUUUUGGCUUAUUUUUUCAAAUGUACUGAGCGCCGCCCUGACCCAUCACUGUAUUCUGUAUGUGUAAAU